GCUCGUGAACGCAGCACAGUUCCUUUCCUCUCUGUAACAGGAAACGCUUCCCGAGCGAUGAUGGCCUCAGCGCCGCAGACUUUACUCAGCGUGAACAGGUGACGUUUUACUUCAGGUGCAUUAACAAGACGAUAAGAUCAUACUUAGAAUAGUUUAAACCCAUUCUGAACAAAUGUAAGCAGCAGGUAGCACCGUUAAAUCAGCAUUUAGCUUAGUUAGCAGUUAGCUUAGCUCGCUGGCACGGUAACCAGGGAAACACAGGCAGCGUUCAGGGACGGUCUGUUGCUGAUGCUUCACCCGUCACCCUGACCGGUGGUUUUCACACGAUGGCUAAAACUCCACCAUGUUCCUCCGACUCUCCUGCUGAAUGCUCUGAGAGCGUGGGGAGCAGCAGCAGGAGCGUGGACGAUCCUCCUCCUUGUGGUUCAAAAUCAGGUUUCACUCAGAGGGAGUUUAUGAUGGUGCCUCCAGAGGAGAAGCUCAAACACUUCUAUAGCCGAGCUCAAGCCCAUGAAGACAACCAGGAGUUUGAUGCCUGCAUCCAGGACCUGGUGCGUUGUGUGGCUCUGACCAGGCUGGUUUAUGGGGAGGGACAUCUGAAAGUAGCCCAGGCCCAUGCCAGACUGGCUAAAGCAUAUUUCCUGUUAAAAGGCUGGGGACUGCAGGCCCAAGAGCACUCGGCCUUGGCCAGAGAGCUGCUGCCCGUCUGCUCCUCCAUCUCCUCCUGCAGAGGUGAAAAGCUCCGAUGUCUCCUGAGCAUUCACCUCACACAGGGAGGUGCUGCGCUGCUCACAACCAAUCUUGAGGAGGCAGAAUCCUCUUUUCUGAGGGCAGAAGAAGUGCUUAAGGAUCUUCAUCAACAUAGUGCCAUCGACGAGGAAGACAAGAUGAAGACUGCGCUGGAAAUCUCCACCAGUCUAUGCAGGGUCUAUAAGAGACAGAACCGACCAGAUGAGGCUUUAAACCAGUGUGAGAAGUCUCUGCAACUGUUGAAGGACGGCGAUAAGCCAGAUAAAACCUGCUCUGUCUACAGAGACAUGGCCGCCAUUGAACAGGACAAAGGUCGUAUGGACCAAACCAUAGAGCAUCUUUCAAAGGCUCAUGCCAUCGCUAUGAGACACAGCCCAGGGGCGUUAGAGGAGGCUCAGAUCUCCCACAGCCUGGCCCUCAUCCACUCUGCUGCAGCAGAGCCCCAUCACAAUGAAUCUGCAGGUCACUACUUUGAGCAGAGUCUAAGUGCCUACAAGAACUCUGUAGGUCCACAGGAUCCAGCCUUCCUCGCUGCCCAGGAUCAUUUCUGUCGUUUCCUCCUCCUCAAUGACCAGCAAGAGAGAUGUGUGGAGAUCCAACGAACCUCUCUCACUCCGAAGAGAUUUGCGUUCGGUGACCUGAGUGCUGAGGUUGCAGACACCCUUCAGCUAAUAGGAAGUGUGGAGAUGAGUGAGGGCAGGAUGACGCAGGCCCACAGGACGAUGAAGAAGUGCCUGGAGAUCCAGAAUUGGAUGUGCGGGCCUCAGCACAAGAAGACAAAAGCUACACAAAAAGCCGUGGACAUGCUGGCCCGGGCACCAGAAGUGGCUGAAAGACUACAGAGGCAAAGCAGAAGAAAAACAUAACUUUCAAAUUGUACCAUCUGACAAUGAUGGACACUCAAUAUUUGACCCUUGAAAUAAAAAAAAUAUAUUUUGUCGCUACAAUAA